AUGACUGCCAUUGUCCUUAAUGCUUCUCCUCCAAAUGGGGAUAUCACAUGCCAAACUGCCUUGCUUGUUUUGAUGCCAUGUAAGCCUUACUUGGAGAGCUCUGGCCCGCCAACCCCUAGCGUUUUCUGUUGUAAGGGUGUUCAAAAUGUUACCGCUCAGGCUACCACCACCGAGAUUCGCAGGAGCCUCUGCGAAUGCUUUAAGCAAGCUGCUGCUAGCAUGUCAAUUGAUCCUAAAAAACUUAAGCAGCUUCCUCAGUUCUGCCAAGUCUCCGUUCCUGUUCCGCUUGACCCCAGCAUCGACUGUAGCAAGAUUUCUUUGUUUUAA